AUACAUACGUUGACAACACUGUUAAACGUCAAGGCCGCGACCAACUUCAAUUGACUCUCGGAUCAGCUCGGAUGUUUGACAGACUACGCGAGUGCCUAUAGUCUUUUUAGUAAUUGAGUCCUGGAAAUUGCUAAGCAACAUAUUGUUUCAUGGGAAAUAUCGCGUGGACUGCAUUUCGAGAUUGCAGUACGUCGAGCGAAACUGCGCUUCAAGAUCUCGCAAAACGAAUAGUACAAAAUGAAGCCUUUGAUCGAGUUCGAGGAAUGUUUACGAGAUACCCCCAAGUUUCGAUCCUGCAUCGAGGAGGUAGAAAGGAAUAUAGAUCAGCUUGAACAAAAGUUAGAUAAGGUAUUAAAAAAUUGCAGCCUAACUAUUGAUACUGGAAAAGCUUUUGUUGGACAGCAAAACCAAUUUGCCAAUAGUCUGUGGGAAUUGUCUCUAUACUUCAGCGAAGAUCCAGAAAUAAUGGCAUUCUUAAAUAAGCUCAUUCAUGCUUUGCAAGAAAUGAACAAAUACCAUAGUAUUUUGUUAGACCAAGCUUCUAGGACUGUGAUGAAAGAUCUUAAUAAUUUUAUCAAGAGUGACAUCAAGAGAGUAAAAGAGUCUCGACAUUACUUUGAAAGGAUUUCCAGCGAUUUGGAUGUUGCAUUAAAUAGAAACUCUCAAGUACCGAAAUCUCGACCUGCGGAAUAUGAGGAAGCGUCGAAUAUCCUGUCCGCUACACGAUCUUGCUUUCGACACACUGCGUUGGAUUAUAUUCACGCACUGACGAUGCUGCAAGCGCGCAAACGCCAUGAAAUAUUAGGCACAUUGCUGAGUUAUAUGCAUGCGUGUAUCACUUAUUACCACCAAGGUAGCGAUCUUGCGCUAGACUUGGACCCAUUUCUGAGAGAUCUCGGUGAAAAUUUGGUUAGCAUGAGAGGUGAUUCGAAUAAGCUCGAGAAGGAAAUGGAGAAUCGACACAUUUAUGUCAACAAUAGAGAUCUGAUUCCCUCACCUGUAUCUGGCAAUCCUAAGAUGGAAGGGUAUCUGUUCAAGAGAACGAGCAAUGCUUUUAAAACAUGGAACAGGCGGUGGUUCUGCCUGAAAGACCAUCAGCUGGUGUAUCGGAAACGAAUAGGUGAUGAAGGUUACACAAUCAUGGAAGAAGAUUUGCGAUUGUGCACCGUAAAACCGGUAGUCGAUUGCGACAGGAGAAAUUGCUUCGAAGUUUUGAGCCCGACCAAAAGUCACAUGUUGCAAGCGGACAGCGAGGAAACGUACUUGGCAUGGGUGACCGCUAUGCAGCAAGCUAUCGGUGCUGCCAUUCAAAGAGGCAUGAGUAUAGAUGGGAACGUUAAUCCACGCGAGUCUCAAUCCACGCGCGAUAACAAGGGCUCCGCGAGACCGUUAACAAGACCAAAGUCGAGAAUAUGGGAGCAGUUAUUGAAGAUUUCGGGUAACGAGAUUUGUUGCGAUUGCGGCGACAUUAAUCCACGGUGGGCUAGCAUCAAUCUGGGUAUUACACUUUGCAUAGAAUGCUCCGGUGUGCACAGAAGUCUCGGGGUACAUUACAGCAAGGUACGCUCCUUGACUCUGGAUGAUUGGGAGCCGGAAAUAUUAAAGGUGAUGGCGGAAUUGGGCAACUCGGUGGUAAAUAGCAUAUACGAGGCUGUACCUCCCGAUAUCACCAAAGCUACACCGAAAUGUAACGGUAACAUUCGAGAAGUCUGGAUAAAGUCAAAAUACAUAGACCGUAAAUUCGUAAAACCUCUAACCGAUGCGAUGAUAUUGUCCGGGGGACAUCACGCCAGUCGGGACGAGAUGCAUUUCCGGAAAUGGAGUGUGCGCAAAUUACGCCGCAGACCACGCAGCUGUGACAAGAUAGACGAUAGUAAUCGUAAUAAUAGAGCAUUGUCAUCGACGUUGUCAUCCGUGAAAGAAGGCCAUCACUCGACGACGACGAGCUCAGAUGACAGCAAGCAUACGUCGAUCGACAGUUUGAAUUCCGUUGACAAGGCAAAGCUCACUCAGGGACGGAAUUCGAUUAGUUCGGAUGACAGCACUGCUGCUGCUAACGUAGACUUGAAAAAUAACUCUGCCCUCUACGGUAGAAUCUUGAAUCGUUCCCAGCACGAUCUGAAUGACGUUAGCAGACACGUAAGAAACAUCCAUGGAGAAAGUCCGGUGGUGAGUGGUGGUGAAUCGCUGCGGGAUAUUCGACAUUUAGACAGUAGUCGAGAUACAAGCGAAACGCAGCACAAUCCCGACGGGCCUAUUAACAACGAUGCCAAAGAUUACCUUUCGAUAUUAGGUAAGAACUCUCCCAGAUCGCAAUGCAAGGAAAAAGCGGAAUCGGACGUGUUGAUGUUUGGCUGCGACGUGCCGAAACCCACGAUCGAUGGUAAUCUAGAAUUAGUGAGUUCCGAUCAAGAUUCCACAGCUGGCGAAGAUGAAGAAUUUAUCGACGAGGAAGAUAUAGAGAAUCUGCAUCCUGACAUGUUACUUUAUAAAGCCGCAGCAGCGCACAAUCUUCCCGUAAUGUGUGCGGCGUUGGCGGCUGGCGCCGACAAAUUGUGGUCCAAUGUUAACGACAAAAGCCGCAGUGCUCUCCAUCAAGCGAUAAUGAGCGGUUCUGUUAUGUCGUGCGAAUAUCUUCUCUUAAAUGGAGCACGAAUCAAUUGUCGAGACGCCGAUGGGAAAACGCCGUUGUACUUGGCGACUGAACUAGGACAUACCGCGCAAGUAUGCCUUCUCUUAAAACACCGUGCCGAUCAACACAUCGAAGAUGGAAGCGGAGUAAAGCCUUUGUCGAUUGCUGUGAAAGAAGCAAAUGCUGACAUCGUUACGUUAUUACGGCUUGGGCUCUUGAAUGAAGAAAUGAAAGAUUCGGAAAUAGGCGUCACAGGCGACGAAACAUUUAACGAUGUUGUUCGUGACUUCAGUCAAUUGGCUUGCUCGCAUCCAGAGCGAUUGCAACGUCGAAACGAAACCGCAAACCUACCGAACAUGCCCGAUUGAGUUUUGCAAAUUUUAACAUCUAAAGGUUUACCAUUUGCAAACAUGACAAAUUAGCCUAACUACUGAGCGAAAGAAUAGAAGAAGAAAUGAAGCGUACCGCAAAAGUAUGGUCUUUCAAAUUGUCGCAGGGUAUUUUAAUCAUGUCAAUGUGCGAAUGGGAAAACUCGCGUCGUUUUCUUUAGAAAGAGAGAGAGAGAGAGACGCAUCUUCAGGUAUUUUAUAUUAUUUUCUCUCUUACGAAACAAACUCUAUUAGCCUCAUAUUUGGAAUUGGCACUCGAGAGAAACGUCAUAUUUUCAUGCGUUAUGUACUUUGAACUCCCCCAUACUUCUUAUAUUGUAGUAUUACAUCUAUUUUUUUCUUAAGGAUAAAUCAAGUCGCAACAAUCAGUUCCUUUCCAUAUAUGCUGCAUUUGCGAAUAAUGCACUAAAAUGUGAGCAUUUAAAACAAUUUUUUGAGAGAUUGCGCGUCUCUCGGUUCUUGUCGAAUUUUUGCGCGUAAGAUAGCACAACUUUCCCCAGAUGUUCAAAAACAAAUAUCCAUAUAUGACGUUGAAACAUGCAAAAUUGUUACUUACGUUACGUUAUACGUCGAAAGUUUUGCUAUUGCAGAUUAAACUUUGGAUGUAUAUUGUAACCGAGGGGGAUAUGAUUAUACAUUUUUUUUACACACACACACACACACACAUAUAUAUAUAUAUAUCUUUACAUGUACUUGAUACAUUGGAGCGUUAUAAAUCAAUUAGUUGCCCUACAAGUUACUUAGAGUAGCGUGUCAUCUUGUUAUACAAUACGUUCAUGUAGCUUGCCAACAUAUACCACGGUGCUACCAUGUAGUUGUACGUUGGUUAAUUGAUUAUAAACAAACUUAUGCUUCCCGUGAAUGGACGAACAAAAAAUAAGAGAGAGAGAGAGAGAGAGAGAGAGAAACAUAAACCCCCUGUUGCCAAAAAUUUCCACUUGUAUAUAUAGAAACUUGAAGAUCUGAGAUAUAUAAUUUCCAUAUAUUUUCUAAAAUAAAUAGUUCGAUUUUUUUAAAAACUUGUACAAAAUGAUGCAAUACUAUGAAAUUAGACGAGGGAAAAGUAAUCAAACCUCUUAGCACACAUUAUGCAUGUUUACUGCAUUUAUACAGAUUUAAUUAAUAGUCGUAAUGUUAGUAGGAUAGGCAGUAUACAAACACAUUCCUGGUAUAUUAUAUCGAUUUUUAAAUUUCGUUGCGUAGAGAGUUGAACGCGAGAAGUGAUAUAAAAGGUGACUGUUUGUAUAGCUCUAAAACUCUCGUAAAGCUCGCCGAUCGAGAAGAAGGAAAGUAAUUUGCGAAAGUAUGAUAAUUGUUGAAAACAAUAUGAAAUGUAGCAUUGUGAUGAUCGUAGAUACGUCGCUCUUGAUAUGCGAUUUCCAUGCGUGUGAGUUAUCGAUUUAUUACAAAUUUCGUAAGGAAGCUCGAAUCAACUAAAGUAACUGAUGAGACAUAUAGGGUGUCUAUCGCCAAAUGUCUCACCAAUAUUGUAGUUUUUAAGUUAAAGACAAAAUUCCUCUACCAUAUUGCAAACAAUCACGCAAAAUUUCGCAUUAUUGAAAAUAACUAUGUAUAGAAGCCAAUCUUCAAGUAAUAGCUCGGGAAUUUGCUCGCGGUUAUUCGCACAAAAUAGUGCGGGACUGAUCGAAAUGCGAGAAUAUUAUGUUGUUGUACCUAGCACAACAGACAUAUUGGUGUAUUGAACAUUAAACUUCGAACUUCUGUCGUUAGGGACACAACAGUCGCCGUAUAUACUUAUAAAUUAGGCCGUUCACGACGAAAAGUCCUUUUGUGCGAAUAAUCAAGCAAUUGACCUAAAUUAACAAGUAUGUGAGACGAAUGAGACACUUCGUGACAGACACUCUGUAUAUACAAACAUGUACGCAUUUCAAAGUUUUAUAACGAUGUGCCGUUUUAAUAUUUGCUCUAAUUUAUAUUCGUAUUGACUUUUACAAUUUGAUAAAGUUACAAUAAUCUUUAUAUGACUAAAAAAAAGAUUGUAAAUAUACAGACACAUCCUUUUUUAUGUACAUUUGAUAUGUAAGAAGACUAUAUCAUCAAAGUUAUAUUUGUACUUACAAACACUGUACGUACCUAUUACAGUCCUGGUCGGACAUGUCGUUUUAUUAAGUUAUCGAAAAAUAUCACUUGCUGAUGAUGUUUUUUAUUCUAUAUAUUGCGCAGGUCAGUUUAAAAUUCAAAGCGUUACGAUUGACGACGCGACACGUUGUAACCGAGGAAAACAAGGUUUUGCAAAAGAUCGACACGCCAAAGCCCGAAAAAUAUAAAACCCCAUAAUCAUUUUGAGCUUUGGCCAAUUUUAGAAUGAACUUUAUACUAGCCACAUCACAAAAUAUUAAUAUUAUGUUUGUAUUUAUACUUCUGUAGAGAGUAAUAAAUUUCACUCAAAAUAA